ACGGCGAAGGUGAACGCGCGCGGAUCAACGUGCUUGUCGAGAAACCGAUUGUGUGCAGUCUGAUUGUUUGAUGAUUUUCCGUUUGAACUUGAAGUUAUCGGGCUGGUGCACGUGUGAAUGGAUUUUUCUUCUCGUUUAAAACAAAUCGAACACCAGGUGCAUUAAAAUAAAGGGUACUAAUUGGACCCAAACGUGAAGUGGUGGCUUUGGUUGCGAUAGAAAUUGAGAGUGAAUAUUGCCACUGGGGCGUGUGAAAAAAGGUCCUAGCAAAAGUGUAAUUUGGAAGGUGUAAAUCUUUGAUGAAACGUUGAAACCUAUGUUUUCAGCAGCUAUAUAAACAGAAAUAUAUUAACAGUGGGAUAUAAUCGCUUGAUGCGAUUCAUUCGUUUGAAACCGAUUUGGUGAGAGGAACUAAGGAUUGGUUCCGGCACAGAUCACAAUGCAAGGACACGAUAAUAACGGGUUCGUUAAUGACAGCCCUUCUAUACCGGGUCAGUUCCGAUGGAGUACAAAAAUUGGAAAUGUCGGCAGCCCAGAAAAUGGUCUUCGAGGAAAAGAACAAAGCAACGGCAGAGAUGACGGUUCGUUAGCAACCCAAGUAGUGGGCACCAGUUCAACAGCCUCUUUGGACAAUAGCACCGGUCGGGAUCAGUGGGGCAAAGGCAUUGAGUUCUUGAUGUCGUGCAUAGCCAUGUCCGUUGGGUUGGGUAAUGUUUGGCGGUUUCCGUUUAUUGCGCUGGAAAACGGAGGCGGUGCUUUUGUUAUCCCCUACAUCAUAGUGUUGCUGCUGGUUGGCAAGCCUGUCUACUACAUGGAAAUGAUCAUCGGUCAAUUUUCCAGCCGGGGAAGCGUCAAAAUCUACGACUGCGCUCCGAUUAUGAGAGGCGUCGGCUACGGGCAGAUUAUCUCGAUAGCGAUCGUCUCCACGUACUAUUCGUCUCUGAUGGCAACCACGCUGAAGUACCUUUUCGAUUCGUUUCAAAGCAUUCUUCCGUGGGCCGUCUGUGAUGAAAGUUGGGAGAGCUUCUGUAUUCCCUCUGGAAAUGCCGCUAGCCGACCGUCAGCCAACUCAAUGGCGACGAAUGUGUCGAUGAGUUCCCCCCUCGUGGAGAUGAGUUCUUCGGCUGAAUUGUACUAUAAACGUGUCGUCCUCAAAGAGAUCAGCAGCAUUGACAACGGCAUUGGACUACCAGACUGGCAACUAACGCUGUUUCUGUGCCUAUCUUGGUCAAUAGUUUUGCUUACUCUCAUCAAAGGUGUAAAAUCUGCCGGGAAGGCAUCGUACUUUCUUGCUCUCUUUCCGUAUGUGGUAAUGGCUAUACUGCUGGUGCGAGCUUGUACCCUGCCGGGGGCAGUCAAUGGUAUAGUUUAUUUCCUGAAACCUCAAUGGGACAAGAUACUGGAGCCUAAAGUUUGGUAUGCCGCCGUGACGCAGUGUUUCUUCUCGCUGUCAAUCUGUUUUGGCAAUAUCAUCAUGUAUUCUUCGUACAACAAGUUCCGCCACAAUGUGAGCCGAGAUGCUACAAUUGUUACUUCCAUCGAUACGUUGACGUCGCUAUUGGCCGGGUGUACCAUCUUCGGCAUUCUGGGACAUCUGGCACAUGUUGUUGGUACUGACGAAGUGGGAACGGUUGUGAAGCCUGGUGCCGGACUGGCAUUCAUUUCCUACCCGGAGGCUAUAGCGAAGUUUGAUGUAGUUCCACAGGUUUUCUCAGUCAUGUUCUUUCUGAUGCUGUUCGUGCUCGGUAUUGGAAGUAACGUGGCAAUGACUUCCUGUGUUAUGACCGUUAUCCGAGAUCAAUUUCCCAAAGUGAAAAACUGGCAUGCGGCGAGUGUGAUCGCAAUCUGCGGAGUUGCUCUCGGAAGCGUCUAUGUUACACCGGGCGGUCAGUACAUCCUUACACUUGUAGAUCAUUUUGGAGCUUCUUUCAUAGCGCUAGUGCUGGCGAUCGCUGAACUUUUCGCAAUCGGUUGGAUCUACGGGGUCGAUCGCUUCUGCAAGGAUGUUGAAUUUAUGCUGGGAACGCGACCCAACAUCUACUGGCGGUUGUGUUGGCGAUGGAUAACCCCGGCGCUGAUGACUGCCAUCCUAAUAUACAACUUGGCGACGCUAGAACCUCUCACCUAUCAGGGUUACAUUUACCCAUCGAUUGCCUACGAUCUUGGUUGGUGCAUCGCGGCAUUAGGUCUGCUUCAACUUCCGAUUUGGGCAAUCUAUUCGAUAGUUAAACAGGACGGCAAAACAUUAACGGAAAAAAUCAUGAAAACCUUCCGACCACUUCAAAACUGGGGACCAAUCGAACCGGCCCUGAAUCUAGAGUACAAAAAAUUUGUCAACGAAGACUGAUGAUGAAAACGCAAAUGAAGCCAGUGCAAUAUACAAUUGAGAAGGUACUAAACAUUCGGGGCCUGUACAACUAGAGAUUCUGCCGAGCAGGACUGUGUCCAAGUGUCCAAGUGCUAAAAGUAUUAAAAUCAGUGACGAUGUGAUUUCAUUAUAUGAGCUAGGUUUAACUUAUGCGUUUGAUUUUAUUAAUUAAAAACAUUUGUAAAUAAAAAGUUCUUAAUCUAUACCUGACAGAUGAAA